AUGACAGGAUUGAUCAAGAGUGCGCGGUGCCUUGGCAUAAGAGCCAGCGGCGUCAUGAGUGGACCCUUAAUAGACAUGGUUCCAGUGUAUGACGCAUCAGGUAAUCGCAUGGAGUUUAUGGGAGCUGUGAAGAUUACGGUAGAAUUAAAAGCAGGUAGAAAAGUCAAAGUGUCUUUCCACAUUAUGGAUGUCAGUGAAAAAGAGAUAUUACUGGGUACAAACUCCUUGGACCAGUUGGGUGUGAAUGUGCAUAUAUCACCAGAGCUAGAUCCGGAUAAGGACAGGGUGCCCUCAAGAAAGUUUACAACAUGGCCCAUGCAUCACACCGAUCGAUGUAUUCGGUAUUGUCACAUUUCUAAAGGAGAAAUUGGGUGA